CCCAAAGAGUGUGUGAGGGAGACAGACAGAGGUGGCUGGCCCGAGACCUGGAGUCACAGCUUUAAACGCGAGAGCGGGAUUUGGAGUUUGGGGAUAAGUCUGCGAGACCUGGCUGAGGUGGAAUAUAGCUGAGUUUGUCUGGAAGUUUUCACUCACUGUAGGGAAGGGAGAGAAGGAGCUUUAAUAGGCUGAGCUGUGGUUCAGGGGGUCCAGAUGGCAGGCACGAGGGGCCCGGCCUGCACUGGAGUCUGGCUCUAGAGUCCACAGGGGCUCCGUCUUCAACUGGACACAUUCCACAGGACGUGUGCCCAUGAGGUCGUCACCACUGGUCCUGCUCCUCCUGAUCGGCGUCCAGGCUGUACUGAACAUGGGAGGUGGAUUGGCCCAGGGUGCCGGGCCUGCCAACCACAAAGCAGGACAGCAGACGGUAGCCAAUCAAAGAGCAGGACAGCAGCAGAGAGCAGCGGGGGACCACCCUUCUGAACACCACUCUUCACAGGAGCAUCAUAGGACCAGCCACCACAGGACCAAGAAGCACCAUCGGGCAGCUUCUCGCACCCAGGACAGGAGCCCUGUCAUCACGCACCCUACGUCAAACUCCCCUCCUGACCCCUCCAUCCCAGUAGUGGACCCCAAGCUCUUCUCCAAGAGACGCUACCGCUCCUCGCCCCGCGUGGUCUUCAGCGAGGUGCUGCCGUCACACGACGCCCUGGAGGGUGAGGGCUAUGACACUGAAGGGGUGCGGGGGAUGAGGGUGAGGCGCCGAGCAGGGUCGCACACCAUGCACCGAGGGGAGUACUCAGUAUGUGACAGCAUAAACACCUGGGUGGGCAACCUGACACAAGCCACAGACAUAGCCGGGAACGAGGUCACAGUGCUGCCCAACGUUACAAUCAACAACGUGGUGAAGAAACAGUUCUUCUAUGAGACCACCUGCCGCUACCCCACGCACAGAGGCUCCGGGAAUGCCAACGCGGGGAGGUCGGGGGGACGGGGCGGCAAGCAGGGCUCCAAGUCGGGCAACUCGGGCUGUCUGGGCAUCGACAGUCGCCACUGGAACUCCUACUGCACCAACACACACAUAUUCGUGAGCGCCCUGACCAUCUUCAAGGAACGGACAGCCUGGCGUUUCAUCCGCAUCAACGCUGCGUGUGUGUGUGUCCUCAGUCGGAAGUCCUGGGGGGGGCGACUGGGGCACUGACUGGGGAGGACGACUCCUGACCACUGAACUACGAACCAAGCACACACACUUCUCCCUAACAGCCACUGCAGAUUUAUUGCCAAUACUGUAAUCCUCUUCCCCACCUCCAAACACACACCCACACACACACCAUCACACACUGACCAUUGUAUUCAAUCCACACUUACACACACACACACACACACACACAAACAGCUUCACCCAUCCAAUCUCUUGGCCCCUGACCCUACCUCAGUCUGAGAAGUCCUGGUUGUUUUAAGUUAUGAGGACUGCAUGUCAUAUUUAUGGUUUAUACAGUCAAAUAUGAAAAUAUAUACGGUAUGUGUAUAUAUACAAAAUGAAUUCAAGCUUUUAAUGAUGUUAUUAUUGUUGUUGUUGUGUUGUUCAUGCUGUUAUUUAUUAAACACCUCAGUACUUGCCUGGUUUGUUGUGUCACUGUUAGAAAAAGUGGAUUUUCACAGUUUGGCUUUGAAAACUGCUUGAAGCUAUAUUGUUUAUUUGAACGAAUGCAAUGAA